UCGUACACUCUAAAUUUCCCUGGGUUAAAUUUUAACCCAAAAUUUGGGUAACACGUUUUGGGUCAAAAAUUGGGUCAAUAUUGGGUCAAAAUGACUACCAUUUGAAUCAAUAUUGUAACCCAAGUACUGGGUCAUUAUGUCAGCCAAUCAGAAUCGACCGCCCUGAUGUAACCCCCAUAGAAUCCUGACCGUGAUAGCACCCGACCGCAUUGCUGCUUCAUCCACUGCGGUAUGGCAGGAUUUUUGGAGAAAUUUCUUGGGGCCUGCGGCCUCCCUGAGUAUGUCGAGAAAUUCCAUGGUAAGUACUUGACUUUAAGAACAUUUUCAUAGAGCUAGGACUUUAUUCGACCUGGAGAAAAAGCGAUGAUUCUAGGAAAUCCUCCGUGUGGCUGUUUGAGUGUUGGUGGUGGGUCGUACAGCGUCGUACACACGCACAGCCUGGCGUGCAUUCUCAUCCCGGCGCUAUGCCGAGCCUAUAGCGCUAACCUAUCUAAUCAUUCAAUUAUCAGUUGUGUAUUUUCGGAUGGCAACCUUGAUUAUCUAAGCCAUGAUCUGCUGAACUUCGUUAGGCCACUGACUGAAUCUUUUAAUCGUCCCAUUAUUUGCCAUUCCUACAUUUAGUGGCAACUGAAAACAAACAUGGCAGCCCCCACGAUAAACCAGGAAGUUGAAAGGGAGAUGUUCAAAUCUGGAGUUUUACACCAAAUAUCAUUACUGUAAUGUGAUAAAAUCUCUCAAGGAAGCAUGGAGAUCAGGGCGUUGAUGAUACUGUAUUUCCUCUUCUCCGAGAAGGAAUGAUAAAAGAUCUAAUUCCCAGAAUAGGGGACCGUGCAAAGUUUCUGGACAAGUAUGAUGAGUGGAAAAAGGUAUGAAUAAUAAAUUAUAUUAUUAAAAUGGCCUAUACUUGUUUUAAGUGUAAACAACUUAUUCCUGGACCUCCAAAAAAUCUCAUCACACAUUUGAGAAAUGUCCACGCUUAUACUAAUGGACCUGGAUUUCAAUAUAUAUGCUGUCAAGAAGGAUGUCAAAGAACAUUUCACCAAGUGUGGUCCUUUAUCCGACAUCUUUCUAAUGUGCAUCCAUACAAUGUAAAUGAUGUAGUUCCAGCAGACAAUGUCGAUAAUGAUGCUGGGUUGGACUUGCCAGAUCAUAUAAAUGACGAUGUUGAAAUGAAUGAUGUUCCACCACCUGUGCCAGAGAGGAAUCUUGAUGAUGAUGAACUGAAGAGACUUGCAAUGGACUUUGUUUGCCAGCUAAAACAGAUGAACUGCUUAAGUUUAUCUGCAAUGAAUCGUAUAAUUCAGUGUUCCUCCCAAAUGUUUGGUGAUAUAAUCACUCACCUGAAAGCCACAACAAUGCGUACUCUCAAUCAUUUAAAUGUUGACAUGAAUCAUGAUGAAAUCGUAAGUUUACAGUCAGAUUUUGAUCGUCUAUCAACACCAUUUGCUGGUUUAGAGACAGAUUUAACGCAGAAACAAUUUUUGGAGGAUAGUGGUAUGUAUAUUGCACCAGUAUCUGUUCCUCUUGGAGUUAAAUUUGUACCAACAGUUGAUCCAAAAACUGGGGAUUUACAUCAAACACAGAAAACAGCUACAGCCCAGUAUAUAUCAGUGAAGUCAACUUUGAAAUUGGUUGUUGAACAGCCUGGUGUUAUCGAAAUGAUGAUGAAUUAUAGAACCCAAAAUGAUGGUGUCUUGCGAGACUUUCAUGAUGGAGAAUACUAUCGGAGACACAGACUACUGAAUAAUGAAGAUGUCAUUACAAUACCAUUACUACUAUAUUUCGAUGAGUGCGAAACAGUCAACCCACUAGGGUCCAAGCGCACUGUGCAUAAAUGUGGCUUUUUUUAUUACACGUUGAAGAAUAUUGAACCAAAACUUUCAUGUUCCAAUGCCAAUUGCUUCCUUAUGGCAGUCUCUAAGACCAGUGACAUAUCAGAAUAUGGUUACGCAGCUGUACUUGCUCCUGCUAUUGCAGAUCUAAAGGAACUGGAAACAACAGGAUUUCAUAUUGACACAGAUGUGUUCACCGGAACAGUCAAAGCUGUAGUUGCUCAGGUUACAGGAGAUAAUCUUGGUCUUAAUAGUCUUUUUGGAUUCACGGAAAGUUUCAGAGCAAAUUAUUCAUGCAGGAUAUGUAAGGUUCACCGAGAUGAUAUGAUAUCACAGGUAGAAGAUAAGCCUGACCUUUAUAGAACACGUGAAAUGUAUGAAGCAGACCUUGCUCAACAUGAUGUUACACUAACUGGGAUUAAGUCUCCCUGUGCCCUCAAUGAUCUAUCAGAGUUCCAUGUUACAUCAAAUUUUGUGGUGGACAUAAUGCAUGAUCUACUUGAAGGAGUGUGUUCACUGGAAGUCAAGCUUAUUCUAAAUGGAUUGAUACAGAGUAAUGUUUUAACAAUUGAUGAGUUAAAUGCACAGAUCAAAAGUUUCAACUAUGGCUUUUGUGACAGCCAUAACAAGCCCACUACCAAUACAAUUACAGAAUUGUCUUUGAGAAAUCCAGAUGGGGCAUCAGGCCAGAGUGCUUCCCAGAUGUGGUGCUUGGUUCGUUAUCUUCCCUUAAUGAUCGGACACAUGGUCGAUGAAAACAAUGAAUACUGGCAAUUGUUAAUUGUGCUUCUCAAAUGUAUGGAUAUAAUAUUUUCACCAACAGUUACUUUGGGAGAGAAAUUUUAUCUCAAGGAACUCAUUAGAGAUCACCACAACUACUUUCUGGCUUUGUUUCCACACAGACAUUUAAAACCGAAGCAUCAUUUUAUGGUCCAUUAUCCUAUGGUCAUCCGAAAAAUUGGACCCUUAGUUCAUUUCUGGACCAUGAGGUUUGAGGGCAAGCAUAAUUUCUUUAAAAGAAUUGCCCAUGUCACUUGUAACUUUAAGAACAUCCCUAAAACGAUGGCCUUAAGACAUCAAACUGAUCUCUCAUGUCGACUGUAUGCUCACUCUGUCCUCAAACCAAAGGUUUUAGAAAUAGGUACUGGAAGUUCUCACAUACUUGCUACAUUGGACAAUGCAGAACUGAUUGCUACAUCAUUUGCUAACAUGCCACUAUACGGAGAACUUUAUCUGGCCAAUUGGAUUGAAAUGCAGGGAACUAACUACCGGCCAGGCAUGACACUUAUUAUCGGACGUUCAGACAAUGACUUAUUCUUGUUUGGAUUGAUUGUGAACAUUCUUGUUGAUGACAAUCAAGAUGCCAAAUUCUAUCUGCGGAGAUGGAAAACAAUCGGGUUUGAUGAGCAUUUUCAUGCGUAUGAAGUUGAAGAAGGCCCUGAUGUGUCCAUUCUAAACUGUGAUGACUUACUGGAUUCUAUUUAUUUUUAGUUUAUGUUUUUGACUUUGUUUUCCAUAAUCUGAGUUAAAUCUUUGCAAUCUAAUGCACUAAAAUAGUUCACUUUCAUUUUUAGGAGGAGAAAAAAACAUACCCACUAGCUUCGUCAGGUAUUGUAGGAAAGCAAUGGAAAAUGGAAAAUCAGAUAAAAUUGAAGUUAUCAUCGUUAUAAAAAGAAAUGGCAAGGAUGUCACCUCACAACACAAAAGGCUUGUUGAGGAUUGCACCAAAAGGUUACAUUUUAAACUUUCUAAAUUGGCACCAUCAACCCCUCAACCAAGGCUACAACCCCAAACAU